GAGUCCCAGCCUGUUUUCUGCAGGGAGACAAGCCCGUUCGGGUUCUCCUGCCGACUCAAUACGCUAACAAAGCUUAUUUACAGGACAACAUCGGAAGAAAAAAGCUUACUUAUCUUAUCAGAUCGGCAUCCUGACCCGAUCUCGUCGGGAUGGGUUGCCGGUGCCGGGAUGCGGCCAGGAUGUCAUUUAUCUUUCCUGCUGAGCGGGAGGUGGAAACCGCUUCGCUCGGAUGGGCGUAGAUGGUGAUUUCCUGCCAAUGGUAUUGGCCAUUUCUAGACAGGAGUGCGGGAAUUUCUCGCCGGUUUCAGGCGCGGACGAGAGAAAGUUUGUGGAUUUAUAAUUGCGGGACAACCGUUAUCAGCACACCACUUUCUAAAUACUAAAUAAAUAAAUAAUCCAUCAUCCCUCAUUUCCUGCUCAUCUCUAGCACUUCUAAUUUUCUCUAACGUCGUCAUAAACCACAAUACGACAUCCCAUAAUCCUGUCCUGGGACAAUUCUUGAGUAGAGAUUGAUCUAAUUCACCCACAACCAGCCCGAGCAAUGACUACCCAACCUCACCCAACACAAUCGCCCGCCAGGGUCAGAAUUUCGAUAGACCGAGGCGGGACAUUCACAGACGUCCACGCUUCAAUACCCGGGCGCAGCGAUAUUAUCCUCAAACUUCUCUCUGUCGAUCCAUCAAAUUACAAAGAUGCGCCAACAGAGGGAAUCAGACGCGUCCUGGAGAUCGCCACUGGUAAAAAGCUACCGCGGGGGCAGCAACUAGAUCUUGCACCCAUCGAAUCACUUCGGAUGGGUACGACAGUUGCGACCAAUGCGUUACUAGAAAGAAAAGGAGCGCGAUCCGCACUGCUUAUUUCAAAAGGUUUCAAAGACCUUCUUGUCAUCGGAAACCAGUCACGGCCGAAUAUUUUUGAUCUUUCCGUCGCGAAGCCGAGCGUGCUUUAUGAGAAAGUUGUUGAGAUUAACGAGAGAGUAACGCUGAAAGGAUAUACUGAAGAUCCCGAUCCUCAGCCAAUUGAGGAAACGGAAGAUGUCGUUAGAGGGACUACGGGAGAAUAUAUCCACGUUCUCGUCAAGCCGGACAUGAAAAAGGUCAGAGAUGACCUCCAAAUGUUAUGGGACGAAGGAUAUCGGUCAAUAGCCAUUGUGCUGCUUCACUCAUAUACCUAUCCGGCACACGAAAAAUUGAUUGGGCAGGCUGCUAUGGAGAUGGGAUUUUCUGUUGCGAUAUCUUCGGAACUGCAACCCAUGAUAAAGGUGGUGCCUCGUGGCAUGAGUGCGACUGCAGACGCAUAUUUAACCCCGGUGAUUAAAGAGUAUAUUGACUCGAUUUCUUCGAAUUUCAUUGGCGGGCUUGCUUCUCCAAGCACGAGGUGUGAGUUUAUGCAGUCGGACGGUGGAUUGGUGGAUUUUCGGAAAUUUAGCGGUCUGAAGGCUAUUUUGUCAGGGCCAGCAGGUGGCGUCGUCGGGUAUGCGCAGACCUCCUGGGACGACGAGGAGCAAAUUCCUGUCAUAGGAUUUGAUAUGGGUGGCACAAGCACAGAUGUAUCCCGGUACUCGGGGGUUUACGACCACGUCUUCGAAACCACCAUUGCCGGCGUAUCCAUCCAAUCUCCCCAGCUAGAUAUCAACACCGUCGCCGCAGGAGGCGGUUCGAUCCUCUUCUGGCGGAACGGUCUUUUUGCCGUGGGGCCAGAGUCCGCCUCCGCACAUCCAGGGCCAGCCUGCUACCGAAAAGGCGGCCCCCUGACUGUAACUGAUGCCAAUCUGUUCUUAGGGCGGCUGCUCCCAGGAUAUUUUCCAAAGAUUUUCGGACCAAACGAGGACGAGCCCCUUGAUGUGGAAAUCACCCGCCAAAAGUUCACGGAACUGACCGAAAAAAUCAACAGUGAACAACGCUCAAAGGGUUGGAAUGAGUUUACACCGGAGGAAGUGGCUCUUGGAUUCCUGUCGGUUGCUAACGAAUCUAUGUCGCGGCCAAUUCGCGCAUUGACGGAGGCUCGCGGGUAUGACACGUCUGUGCAUCAUCUAUCGUGUUUUGGCGGUGCUGGCGGCCAGCACGCUUGCUCUGUGGCAUCUGUUCUGGGGAUCUCCCGCGUCAUAAUUCACAAAUACUCCUCAAUCCUGUCAGCUUAUGGGAUGGCUCUCGCAGAUGUAGUGCACGAAGCAACGCAGCCAACCUCAGAUGUCUUUAGCACGUCGACUGAACAAGACUUUCGGUCUAAGCUGGAGGCGCUGGCGGAAACUUCCACAGCUGAGUUGGAAAGUCAUGGAUUUUCACGCGAGAAUAUCAGGCAUGAAAUGUAUCUGAAUAUGCGCCAUGAAGGUACUAGUACGGCACUUAUGAUACUUAAAGGUGACGACUGGGAUUUCGGCGCUGAGUUCAACAAACGGCAUAAAAUCGAGUUUGGCUUCCUUUCACCCGACAAGCGGAUCCUUGUUGAUGAUAUUCGGGUGCGAAGCAUUGCGUCCUCAUCGCGGCAGAAGGAGCUCAGCCCGUAUGCGCAGAUGAAGAAAAUAGCAUUCAAAGACGUAUCUACCCCGGGUGUCAACGAGCGGACGAUGGUCUAUUUCGGCACAGAACACGGAUGGGUUGCAACUCCAGUGCUUAAGCUCGAAGAACUCACGGAGGGUUCCCGCAUCCAAGGCCCAGCCAUGAUCAUCGACCAAACCCAGACGAUAGUCUUAGUCCCGGGAGCAGUUGCGAGCAUUCUUGAAAGCUGCGUGGUGAUCGACCUCAAGAAGACAGUGCCCACGCUCGAUGUGUCAGGCACCGCGUCAACAAAUCCCACCAGCAUCAGUCCCAUCCAAUUGUCAAUAUUUGGUAACCGGUUCAUGUCCAUUGCUGAGCAGAUGGGUCGAACUCUACAAAAGACCUCUGUCUCGACCAACAUCAAAGAACGCCUUGACUUUUCAUGUGCACUUUUUUCGCCUGAUGGAGGACUCGUGGCUAAUGCACCCCACGUCCCAGUACACUUGGGCUCGAUGCAAUUUGCAGUCCGAUACCAGCAUAAAUAUUGGGCGGGAAACCUCGAGGAUGGUGACGUCCUGAUCUCCAACCAUCCGAGCUGCGGUGGGACUCAUUUGCCCGAUAUUACAGUCAUUACGCCAGUUUUUGAUCAAGGCGAGAUCGUGUUUUAUGUUGCGUCCCGAGGCCAUCAUGCAGAUAUCGGAGGUUGUCUCCCUGGCUCCAUGCCCCCAACAAGUACGGAAUUAUGGCAAGAAGGGGCCGCCAUCGAGGCUGAAAAGUUAGUUGCCGGUGGAGUAUUCAAUGAGGAAAGAAUGACUGAGAUACUAUUGAAAGAGCCAGCGCAGUACCCUGGUUGUUCCGGUACCCGAUGUCUGCAGGAUAACCUGUCUGAUCUGCGGGCUCAGGUUGCUGCCAAUCAAAAGGGCAUUUCGCUUAUCAAUGGCUUAAUCAAGGAAUAUGGGCUGGAGCGCGUGCAUACAUAUAUGUAUGCAAUCCAAAGUACGGCCGAAAUUGCCGUGCGAGAACUUCUAAAGACCACCUCCAAGACGCUGGGCUCUACGCUGGAAGCCGUCGAUUAUAUGGAUGAUGGUACACCCAUUGCCCUAAAGAUAACGAUCGAUGGCGAUAAGGGGGAGGCUGUAUUUGACUUCUCAGGAACUGGUUGUGAAGUUUUUGGCAACACCAACGCUCCCACAGCCAUCACGCAUUCGGCAAUUAUAUACUGCCUGCGGUCGUUAGUGAAAUCCGAUAUCCCUCUAAACCAAGGAUGUCUGAAUCCCAUCGACAUUCGAAUUCCUCCGGGAACAUUACUCUCUCCAUCCAAGAGCGCUGGAGUCGUGGGAGGAAACGUGCUUACAUCCCAACGAAUCACAGAUGUUGUCUUGAAGGCGUUCAACGCCUGUGCCGCAUCGCAAGGCUGUUGCAAUAACCUCACUUUUGGCAAAGGCGGCAAGACAGCGAACGGGGAACAUGUCAACGGAUUUGGGUACUAUGAAACAAUUGCCGGCGGCAGCGGAGCGGGCCCAACUUGGGUUGGACAGAGCGGCAUUCACACGCACAUGACUAACACACGCAUCACGGAUCCCGAGAUCUUCGAGAAGCGAUACCCAUGUAUCCUCCGGGAAUUCUCCAUCCGAAAAGGAUCAGGGGGUCAAGGAGCGCAUCCUGGUGGUGACGGCGUGGUCCGCGACAUUGAGUUCCUGAUUCCCGUCCAGUGUUCGAUAUUGUCUGAGCGCAGGAGUCAUCAGCCCUACGGUCUUCAAGGGGGAGGCCCCGGUGCAUCAGGGAAGAAUUUGUGGAUUAAGCGAGAUGAAGAAACAGGGGAUGAAAGGAUGGUCAGCCUCGGUGCAAAGGCAACCGUGGCAUUGGGUGAAGGUGACAGGAUCGUCGUGCAAACUCCUGGCGGCGGAGCUUGGGGCAGUGUAGACGAGGAAAAAAGAGUGAACGCGGUUGUACAUGACCAAUUUUUGACCAAGGGAUCCGUCGAUAGAUAUAGGGCGAUUCAAGAAACAAAUUGAGCGGAUGCAUAGGGUCUUGAAGGACCAUGAUAUUAUCUGCUACGGUACCGCGAUUACGAUGCAUGAAUUAUGAAACAGCUUGCUAUUACUUAUUUAACUCAUUCCUCCAGUUCCUUCUCCCUUAAUUAGUACACACUCGACAAUUGUACUAUACGGAAGGAACCCCGAGUCAAUAUUAGCUGCUCAAGACAUCUCUGCAUUUUCCAAACAUGGUUAUUUAUACACAGCGAAAAUGUUAUAAAGGAGACCCAAAAAUGUGUCGUUCAUGUAUUCAAACCAAAAAGCGAAAUCAAAAUAGUGAGGUCAUGAGUCACCAAAUAAGUAGUUAUACACAUAUAUGGCAUAUGAAUGUAUAUGAAUGUGGAAGGAGAAAAGAGAAACUGUUAUCUUGAACAAAAAUAAACUAGCGAGGGAUAUCAGAGCAAAUAGUAGAGCGCGAUGAAAAAGUCAAAAGGGAAGAAAUAAAAGGACAAGACAGGGAAAAUAGCAUGAGCCAUAUGAGCCAGAAAGCACGACGCAAAAAGAAAAAAAGAAAAAGGGCAGAAAAGAUAUUCAAGAACCCAAGACUAGAGAGAAUGGGCACUAAGCUCUGCGCCAAUAGAAAUGGAGCGAAAGAUGUUGAAGCGAGUGAAAGGGAGCACACUCCCAAAUCAAUGACCAUAUAGAAUGACCAGGUGCAAAAAUUUGAGGGGAACAAUGACGACCGAUUUUCAAAAUCGAGUAAAAAAAAGUAUAUGUAUAAUAUAUAUACCCUAAGACAUUCCCUCUAUCCGCCCAGAAGAUAAGUUAAGGGAUAUAACGUAAUGAAAAAAAAAAUGGAGCUUGGGAAGGGAAAGAGAGAAAACAGCAUCGUAGAAGAGGAGAAAAACAAGCAGAACAAGACCAAAGUUUAAGAGCCAGGAGUAUCAGAUGGCGCGGUAGCCGAGGAAAAACACGCAAGAAAAGGAAUGAAAAUAAAAAUAAAAUAAAGUCAAAUCAAGUGAAGGAUAAUGAAGGGCAGAAUAUAGGAAUAAUAAACUAGAGUAUAGGAUAAUAGAAUAUUAUUCGACUAAUAGAGGGAGGGAAUGGCUGAAGAAGGUUGGGAAACAGAAAAAAAUAAGAAAAAGGAAAUAGAGAUAAAAAAAGAGCAAAACAUGAGAUUGAAAUAUAGUCAAGCACACAAAAAACAAGGAAGAGCAAAUGCAUAAGAAAAAUUGUUUGACACCAGGAAAAGGGGGAAAAAUGAAAAAAGGAGGCGGAGACAUAUAUCAAAGAGUGGAGACCAUCAAGGUCCGUGAUCCCUCUUUCUGUAGACACACCGUGUCUUCUUAAACAACUAGCAAAAGAAGCACCCAGGCUUGUACACCCAUUAUAGACCCACGUUAAAAGUGACAUUUGCAUCGCGUGCGCAUGUGCUAUUUAAAGACGUCAAAUCAUAUUAUCUUUCGUCGGUUGUGUAGGCGUAGUAGUAUCAGUAGUAGCCAAGGCGGCUGGCAUCGGGGGCUUAACGGGAGUUGACGACCGUUCCUCUUCAUCCAACCGUUUCCGCCAACUUGCCAGGUUAUCACUCAAGCCACUCUCGCCAUACGUUUCCUUGGUGGGUGUACGGUCGAAGUCAAACUGGGUGCUUAAACGGUAGUUUCGGUUUGUGCUUUCCCAGUGGCUUCGGAGAGCGUCUAGUUCACUAGCAAGGGAAUCCAGAGCGAAAGAACCGCGGUGCUCGAGGAAAGAGUCAUCUUGAGAAACAUUGCUGUCAGCCCUUAGUCGGCCACCGAUCGUAUUGCUGGACGCGUUGCUGACUGUACGGCUCAAGCCGUUGGAAUGGGAAAGUACUUGUUGGGAUUGUCGACGGUAAUUCGUCACUGAUGAUUCAACUUGGUCAAGGAGCAUUGUGACCUUUUGUUCGGCAUCUAGCGCUCGGCUUUCAAGCAGGGCAUUUUCGUUCUUAAGUUGCUCCAGGUCCUCACGGCUCUUUUCUGUGAUGUUCAAUAAUUCACGCUUUAUGUUUUCUUGCUCCGUUUGGCUCUGGUCUCUUUCCGCUUGUGCAGCUGUGAGGUCCUCUCGAAGUUUUGCAAGCUGGGUUUUUAGAUCAGCAAUUGAAGAUGAAGUCUUUUCCUGAAGGUCAGACAUAAUAUGUUGCAUAUUCGACCGCUCGGCCUCCCAUUGAGCCGACGCUUCGUGAGAUGGGGAGGAUCUGGAACUAGCUUUCUGAAGUGCAGUUUCCAAAUCAGCCUGUAACUUGGAAUUUUGCGUUUUGUAUUUCGCAAGCUCGUCCUUCAU